AUGGCGGAAACCAAUAAGCCCUUGACCUUGGAAGGGGAACCUCUCUUCUUCGAUGGCCUCCAUAACGCUUGGUUUGAAAAUCAUCACGCACUUGCCUCCGGUAGCGUAGCAAAUGCCUACCGCCAGCAUUUCGCCUCAUCGGCGCCCUUCAUCCUCUCAGACUUGCUCCCAACGACGCUUAAACGCAGCAAUGCGAAGAAAGUGAAGCAUCCCAACGCAGGGAAAAUGGGAACUGCCGGAAUUUCUGGUGUAAGCAGGAAACCUCACGUCAAGGAGAGCCACCCCGGAACUUUUGGCACAGCGGGUGUUUCUGGAGUUCGUAGAAGCAAUGCCGUGAGGGAAAAGCAUCCGAACGCCGGCGGUUUCGGGACCGCUGGGGUGUCUGGGCUACAUCGGACGGAUGGGCAGAAAAAGGAGAGAUUGGGAAAGAACACACAGCGUCGUGAGGUGGAUGACAUGGUUAUGCAAGGUACGAUGGGAAGUUAUCUUGACUCUGAGGGGUCUAGGAGGAGUUCGAGGGUUGCGAGGUCAUCUUCAUCAUCGCCAACUUCCGACCUAUACGCAGAUCCGCCAAUGUGA